CUCUUCCUACAUCCCUUCCCUUAUGCCUGCAGAUAGUGACCAUAUUGGAGAAGGGUUGGAUUGGCUGUGCUCCUAUGAGCGUCUACCAACUGCAGUGCAUGUGUAAUCUAUGCGUUGCGUUUGAUUGAUCCAUGUGUGGGAUGCUUCACUCUGUGAAAAGACAAUGAGCUGAUUUCGAGAGGGAAAACGCUAAAAGGUUGAGGAAUUAAUUGAUUUAUGAACAGAAAAAGGUCAGUACUAACCUCUCUUUCUUGUCCCGUGGAGGAUUUCGUACCAAUCCCGCGCUAAAGACGCGAAAUUAUUCCGGUCACGUCGCGCGCUGACAGCCGGCUGUCCUGGAGCUUUGGGGCUCUGUGCACGCGAGAGAUAGCGCAGCGCGCGGACACCUGCAGUAGAAUGUAGCGGGAAUUCCCCUGCUAAACCGGCGCAAGGAGAAUUUCCGAGAGCUGCACACCACUCAAUCACCCUCAUCGGGGUCCCGUCAUAGCCAAGAGAAAGGGAGAGGACGGGAAAUGGGCUGGCGUGGCCAUUGCUAUGCGUGAACGAGUGCCGUGGUGUCCAUGGAGACCGAGGGCUACAGCAACCUUCUGGAGACUAGCGAUGGGCAGGGGCCGGGGCUUCUGGAGGGAGGGGACUCACCGGGUCAUGAGGAGGGCUGGAGCCCCCCCUUACCCCUGGGCUUUCAGGUCUCCCUCACCAGUGUGCUGAUGCUGGAGCUGGUGCUGGGAUUCAGCAGCAACCUGACCGUGCUGGUGCUCUACUGCGCCCAGUCCAACCUGGUCGACUCGGUCAGCAACAUGGUCACGGUCAGCCUGCACGUGCUGGACAUCCUGGUGUGUGUGCUGUGUCUGCCGCUGACUGUGGCGGUCAUCCUGCUCCCAGCAGACGGUAGUGGCGGGGGCAGCCUGGCUACUCUGUGCUGCUUCCAUGAGGCCUGCGUCACCUUCACCAGUGUGGCCACGGCCAUUAAUGUGCUGGUCAUCAGCCUGGACCGCUACGACAUCUCUGUCCGGCCAGCCACACGGCUGUUGACCCCGCGGCGAGCUGCACUCCUCCUGGCCGCUGUCUGGGCCAUGUCACUGGCCGUCUUCUUCCUGCCCUUCCUGGAGGGGGACUUCUUCUUCUCGGGGGCGGAGGUGGAAGACAGCGAGGUAGGAAGAGGAGGGGGGGAGAUGGACAUGGGGGAUCUAACCUCUGGCCCAGAAUCUGACCCUGAGACCCCUACUGGGCUGACCCCCACUCGGCUAAACCCUACUGGGCUGACCCUCACAACCUCCUCCCCCUCUACUCCCUACUAUUCCCACCACCUGCCGCCAGUGUGGCAGAACCGGACACUGCUGUGUGUAGGGGGGCAGGGCUACCACACGGGGCUGGCCAUGUACUACCACCUUCUGCUGCAAGUGCCCUGCUUCUUCAUCGCCGUCAUUGUCAUGCUGUUCACAUACUACCGCAUCCUGCAGGCCCUCAACAUCCGCAUUGGCACCCACAUCAAGAGGGGCCCACGGGCCUCCAAUAAGGACUCAGGCUGCAGGAUCCGCAGGCGGAGACGAAGGAGGAAGGGGCUGAGUCUGGCCACAGACGGGGGAGGUUCCUCCAGCCAGAACCAGCACCUCACCCACCCGCCCCUCAUUCCAUCUCCCACCCCCACCUCCCCCCCAGCCUUCUCCUCUAUGCCUCUGGUCAUCUCUGACAGCGGGGCCACGGGGGUCACCAACACCACCGCCACCACCCCCAUCGCCACCACCCCAGCGACCCCUGCCCCCCAGGCCCCUACCUCCACUGACGCCAUCUCCCCCCCGCCGGUGGCGGCAGACCGCCCAGGUGUCCAGGCCUCUGUGUCAGCCAUCAUCGCCUUGAGGCGGGCCGUGAGGCGUCACCGAGACCGGCGGGAACGCCAGCGGAGAGUCUUCAAGAUGUCCCUUAUCAUAAUCUCCACCUUCCUGGGCUGCUGGGCUCCUCUGUCCAUGGUCAACGUGUUGAUCCUGUGCCUGGGCCCUAGUGACAGCCUGGUACGUGUGAGGCUCUGCUUCCUGGCCAUGGCAUAUGGCACCACCAUCUUCCACCCGCUGCUCUAUGCCUUCACCAGACAGAAGCUGCGUAAAGCACUGAAGACCCGUGUCAAGAAGAGGGUGGUGUCCCUGCUGCAGGUGGACCCAGCACCCAGCGGGGGAACUGUUAUUCACAACUCCUGGGUGGAGGGGGGAGGACAGAGGAAGGGACGCAAGCCUCGACUGGAGGGCAGUGACGCCACCAGUAACUGUCUGACAGUGGCUGUGAGAGAAUGAGAGGGUGUGUGUGUCUGUGUGUAUGUGUGUGUGUCUGUCUGUGUGUAUGCGUACAUGUGAUAGUUGACAAAGGUCAGGAGACAUCAUUAGCUCCUCCCUCCAUCCAGGUGUGAUGAUGGCAGGUGAGCCCAGAGCUCUAAUUAAUAUCAGACCUGCUCUGUGAUAUACACAGCUCCUCAUUAGUCCCCCAGGCAAGAUGCCUGCUCCGUCUCCAUGGCAACACCAAGCUACCAAGCAAUAUGUGACAUCACCUGCUCCGCCACAACCUUAGUUAAUUUAGAUACAUUCCAGUACAGGUAAACAGCAACAAUCCACACAAUCCAUACAUGCAUGCACAUUGAUCAACCUGUAGUCGUUCACAGAGCAAGUAAGCACACAAUAUCUACCUGCACACAGAACUCAGUGAGAGUCAAUAUCCAGUGACAUUUUAUAAUUUGAUUAGUCAUGCCUUAAUUCAGUUCCUAAUUGAUUCCCAUGGUUCUGAAUGUUUUACUGUAUGUGUAUUGUGUUUACAAGAAUGGUGUGUGUGUGUGUGUGUGUGUGUGUGUGUGUGUGUGUGUGUGUGUGUGUGUGUGUGUGUGUGUGUGUGUGUGUGUGUGUGUGUGUGUGUGUGUGUGUGUGUGUGUGUGUGUGUGUGAUCAUGUGCAAUAAAGCGUCAACAGUGGCUGAGCCUCCCCAGAGAGGAAAAGGCAAAAUGAGAAAAAUCUGUUCAGACUACGAAGUGAGGCAUUUUUGUAUUGAGGUCAAUGAGAGUGUCAAAUUUUGUCAACAAAAAAUGUAAUUGCUAAUUUGCUACAUGAGGCUUAUUUGAUCGUAUUAAAGUUUCGUAGUGGUUAGGUUGUUAAGAAUUCACUGAUAUAAGUGGACGCACGUGGCAUCUUGGCACGUGAGAGCGGUCACUCGACUAUCUUAUCAAUAUAAUAGAUCAUCUUCGACCUCCCUGAGGAUGUGAACAAAGCAUUGUGGGAUUGUUCUCAUGCUUGUUCUCAUGGGCUAGACUACAGAAGAGGGAAGGACUUCACCUGUUGAUUGAUUGCAAUGCCCUAUUGCCAUGGCGAUAUGGGUGGAGCACCUGACAUGAUACCUGCGAAGAUAACCUCCAAACCAUGUAGAACUGUAACCAUGUGAUUAGAACAUGGUGUUCAUUUACUAGUGAAACAUCCAUUUUAUAGAGGACUUUUAGGAAUCAAAGGGCAAUAUUUGGUAACUCUCACAACUGUUUAUCAAUGGGACAAGUCAGCAGAGUGGAACACCACUGUGAACCACCCCAGGCCCCAAAGAUAAACAGGUCCUGGAGCAGCUCUUGGGGGUUGUUUUCUAUCUGUGUCUCCCUCCUCCUCAGGGAUUUAUAUCAAUCUCCCCCUGAAGCAUGUUGAACAUCAGUUACACCCUUGCACCAGCCCUCAUUCACUUAUUCUGAUAGGUAUUAGCUUAGUUAUUGCCAUGCAGGUAGACUACAUAUGAUCAACAGUUUGGGUAGACUAUGUAUGGCUCUCAAGUGUGAAGGAGUUUUUUCAGGAUUGUUUGUUGGGUACUAUAGUAUAGGUCAUUUUUCUCUCCCCUUGUUCCCUCUUUCUUCGCUUUGGUGCCAGACGGAAGGAAUGGAUUCCUGUGUAUUUAUAUAUAUGUACAUGAUCAGGGAUGUAAAUACUUUAAUAUCUAGCUCUUAGGGGUUUGAGAGGAAGUAGUGUUUUGGGUUGCAGCAGUCAUCUGUUGGCCAUAAUAUCAGUCGUGGUAAGUGAGAGAGUGAGAAGACACACGUGGAAGAGAUCAAACAUCUAAAUGUAUUUGUGUUUCUGUAUAUGUGUACUGUACAUUUAUGGUCAUGUAUAUAGAGAUAUGAUAGUAUUGUAUAUUAUUUAUAUUGUGUUAUUGUAUUGUAUUUCUUAUUAGAAAAGAACAAAGUCUGUAUUAAAGAAAUUGACUAUUUACUGUAA